AUGGGUCGAGUCUCCGACGUCGCCACCUCGGCCUACAGGUCCGUGAGAGGCCUUCUCUUCGGUAAGGCGUAUAAGUACGACUCGAUUCCGGACGACGAGGCCAGGGAUGGUGUUGAGCCGAACGACGACCAUCGUGAGACCUACUGGCCUGACCAGAAACGUCGACUUUUCAUUCUCGUAAUUGCCGCCAUGGUUUUUGCUACCCUUCUCUCUCUGGCUCUUGGGUUCAGUCUCGUCAGCGGCCAGGCGCCCGGUGACGGUGCUGACUCUAUCCAGCAACUAUGGGGCCAGUACUCCCCCUUCUUCUCGGUGCCGUCCGACAUCAGUCCCGCUACGCCCAAGGGCUGCGAGAUCUCCUUCGCACAGGUGCUGUCUCGUCACGGUGCUCGUGACCCCACUGCCGGAAAGACGGCCCUCUACAAGGAUCUCGUCGACCGCAUUCACCAGAGAGUCACUCAAUACGGCAAGGGCUACGAAUUCAUCAAAGACUACCAGUACACCCUCGGCGCUGACGAGCUCACCGAGUUCGGCCAGAGGCAGAUGGUCGACUCGGGCGAAGCCUUUUACAAGCGCUAUCAAGGCCUUGCCGCCGGCAACGAUCCCUUCACGAGAUCUUCCGGCCAGAGCCGUGUUAUUGAAUCGGGUCUUAACUGGACAGCGGGCUUCUUUGGAGCCAAGAUUAACGAUGGUCAUAGCGGACCCAACGGAGGACUCAACUCGCUACUCAUGAUCAUCCCCGAGGAGACGGGCUACAACAACACGCUGGACCACAGCUUGUGCACGGCAUUCGAGUCGGGCAGCUUCUCCAAGGUUGGAGAUGACGCCCAGUUUACUUGGCGCGAGACCUUCACAGCCCCCAUCGUCACGCGUCUCAACUCAAACCUGCCCGGCGUCAACUUCACUCCCGAGGAUGCCAUCAGCUUUAUGCAGUUGUGCCCGUUCAACACUGUGGUGAACGGGACGCAGUCGCAGUUCUGCGACCUCAUCACGUUGGAUGAGUGGAAGGACCUGGAGUACUACGAGACCCUGGGCAAGUACUACGGCUUCAACGCUGGCAACCCACUUGGCCCCACGCAGGGUGUCGGCUUCACCAACGAGCUCCUCGCCCGUCUGGCGAAGAAGCCCGUCGAGGACCACACGUCGACGAACUCGACCCUCGACGCCGACCGGAAUACUUUCCCCCUUGACAAGGUGCUCUACGCCGACUUCAGCCACGACAACGACAUGAUGAGCAUCUACGGCGCGCUCGGCCUCUACAACGACACGGCGCCGCUCAAUAAGACGAGCCGGACGUCGGUGCAGGAUGCCAAGGGCUUCACGGCAAGCUGGACGGUACCCUUUGCAGCGCGCAUGUACGUGGAAAAGAUGAGAUGCGGGUCGGACGAGGAGCUGGUUCGUAUUCUCGUCAACGACAGGGUCGUCCCGCUUGUGGGAUGCGGCGCGGACGACUUGGGACGGUGUACGCUGGAUGCGUUCCUCAACAGCCAGAAGUUCGCAAAGAGCGGCGGGCUCUGGGACCAGUGUUUUCCUUGA